CAUGUGUGACUCUACUCGUAGCAGUAAUACUGAGUUGUGAUAUGGUAAUAAAUGAAAAAAUAUUUACUGAGCAUAAAAAUUUCUACGAAGUUGUUGAUUGUCAUGUUUUAGUUCCUAAAAUUAAACGUAGCCUCGAUGAUUGGAAAGAUAAAGAGAAAAGGUUUCACCAAAUUGCUGAUGCUGAAGUUCAAUUCGUAUCUUUUAACAAAAGCUUCCAUUUACUUCUUUAUGAAGAUCUUUUAUUCAGAAACUUGACUAUUAGUUUUUUCCUCUCAAAUAACUCGUCAGAAUCUGUAAGUGUUAAAUCCAGAUUUUAUGAAGGAAAAAUGAAAAGCGGUGAAUUGCCAUCGUAUGUUUCCGGAUUUUUACAUAAAGGUAUUUUCUCUGGAAUCGUCGGAGAGGGAAAUGUUGCGUAUUUUAUCGAGCCAGCUUAUCUCUUUUUUAAUGAUACCUAUUCUCGCCAAAUUGUUGUCUACAGAAAUGAGGAGGAUUUGCAAACUGAAACAAAGAAUAUCUGUUCUAUUAAGUUAGGUAAAAAAUUAUCUCGAAAUAAAUUUACUUCAUAUUUGCCCAAGGGAAUUAAUAAAACUGCAAAUCCAAAUGCUGAAUAUGCGUGCUCAGUUGAAAUGGUUGCUGACCAUACUUUAUAUAAAUACUAUAGCGAAGACAUAGAUUUUACUAGUGCAUUUCUUUACCUGCACGCAAAAUAUGCUGACUUCAUCUUCAGGAGAACAGAUUUUGACGACGAUGGAAAACCAGAUGGAAUAAGGAUAAUAGUCGAAAAUAUUUUUAUUUAUAAAACUGCCAAUGAUCCAAAUUAUCCAAUGGUGAACAGUCCAAACCUACUGUCAUUCUUGAAGUUGUUUUCGUAUAGGUAUCAAAACUAUUGCCUAUCUAUCUGUAUGUGCUAUCGAAGCUAUCCAUCUUCUGAUAUCGGUCAAGCUUUCAAAGCAAGUCAUGGACUAGGAACUGCUCCAGGUGGGAUUUGCCAGAAACCUCUUAAAGUUCAUUCUUUAACUGGAACUGUUAAUCAGGCAUUGAAUAUAGCUGUUGUAACGAUUCGAAACUCAAAUGGAGAUACGUUACCUAUGCAAAUUUCUUUAUUAGCUGUUGCUCAUGAAAUAGGGCAUGGUUUUGGCAGUGGUCAUGAUCCAGCGCAUAGUUUGGAAUGCUCUCCAGGGAGUGAAAAGGGAUUUUACUUAAUGCAUCCCAAAACUGUGGCCGGUAGGAAACCUCUAAGUCAAUACUUUUCACCGUGUAGUCGUAAAGAUAUAAAUAAGACUAUAUCGACACGUGGAGAAUGCUUGAAAGUACUCCCAUCAGUUUGUGGAAAUGCUGUUCGUGAGGGUGACGAAGAAUGUGACUGUGGCUGGGAAAAGUCUUGCGCGCUUAUUGAUCAUUGCUGCACACCUUCUGAUGCGAAACUUCCCGAGAAACCUUGCACGUUCCGUUCAAGUAAAGGUGCUUCUUGCAGUAAUAAAGAGAACAACUGUUGUACACGUGACUGUAAACCAAAUGAAGAUAGAAGUAUGAUUUGUUUUGAAAACGACAUUUCGUGUUUAAUAAGUCAUUGUGAAGGUAAUAGUGGUACUUGUCCACUGCCCAUGAAGGCACCAGAUAAAUACCCUUGCCAAGGAACUUCAAGGACAUGUAUGGGAGGAGUUUGUAACAGUACUGUUUGUUUAGAUAAUAAUCUUAUAGAUUGUUCCUGUACUAACACAAAAUUAUAUGAAUGCCAUAUAUGUUGCAUAAAGAACAACAGCUGUGUCCCAGCUUUUUUACUUGGAUUUAAAGCAGUUACUGGCAAGAUGUUUCUGGCAAAAGAGGGAACAUCAUGUAGAUUUGGUAAAUAUCAGUGCGAUGGAUCAGGAAAUUGCAUUGAUCCUAUAAAUCGGAAGUACGUCUAUGGAGAAAGCAGUGAUCAUACAUAUGUAUGGUUGAGUUUAGGUAUUCUAUUAGCUGUUCUUUCGAUGCUUCCUCUUAUUUUUUAUUAUUUUAUAAAGAAAAAUAAACCAGCGUAAA